AUGUCCCUCAAGAGAAUUACGCAAAAGCUUAUCACGGAUGUUAUCGAAAGCUACAAUACCACGUUUCAUCGUUCGAUUGGUAUGACCCCAAAUGAGGCAAAAGGCAAAGUAAUAGAUGCAGACCUGAGUCAUAAUCAGGUGGAAGCCGAAAAAACUGAGAAGGAGUUUGACGUUGGAUCAAGCGUAUUACACCGUCUCAAAAAGCAAGCAUUUGGUAAAGAAGCUGCUCGAUGGAGCAAAGCAGUUUAUAACAUCGUUGGAAUUGAUGGCUACCGAGUCCAAAUCCGUUCAGGAAAUGGGCAUACCCUCUUCAAGACGGCAAACGAUCUUAAAAUGGUUAAAACAGAGACUACAGAUGCUACUAUUAAUCAAGGCGAUAUUCUUCUUAAAGUAUGGCAAAGCUCAGAGGAAAUACGAUGA